AUGGAAUUGGAAAUCACAGUGGAAGAGAAGUUUGAGGGAAUGAGAGCUAGAGUUAGAAGUGCAAUUGAUGGCCAUGCUAAAGAGAGCCAAUUUGAAGAAAGAGAAGGCUUUCCCGCUAUGUCACACUCACACCUCAAAAGCUUGUCUUCUAUCUGCUCCAGUUCCAUGGAAUUGGAGAUUGGAGCCACUCAUUCAGAUCAGACACUUGAGCCUUGGUUUCAGUCUGAUACAUCUACUGGGUACCUUCAAGAUGCCAUUGCAGGCAGGGGCAUUUGGUGCAAGGAACAAAAUUUAUCUUCCUGCUCUACGGAUGGAAAGGUAGAUGAAUUUCCAAUAUUUUACACAACAGGCCAACCCCUUCAUGAUUGUGGCUUUAGACACCAAAAAAGGUUCAUCACUACAAACCUAUCAUCAUCGCCACAAGGUGACACACAUGAAGCUGCAAUCAAACAUGAUCCUGCUAGGAGUAGCUAUGCAUAUGGUCAAAGGAAGAAAGUUGCUUUCCCCUUUAAAUUGGUGAAGUCUGGAGGAGUUGAAGGGGAAACAACACUCAAAGAUAUCAACCACCAAAUUCUCAGCACCCCAUCAGCAUCAAAGCCAAUUCCUCAUCCUGUGAAAGAUUCUGUGACAAAUCCAUGCAAAUUAGUCCGAGGAAGUUUUGGUUUGUCAGGAAAAGAAGUGGCAUCCGUUACUAGGAUUCACACACGGGGUAGAGGUUCCAUUACCAUUAUUAGGACCAAGGAUUAAAAGAGAAGUACCCUCUCAUUCAUGUGUUACAUAUGUCAAUGUCAGUGCUUUUUGCAUAAACUAGAACUCCUUGUGAUGCUUUCUUAUUAGUUUAUACCAAAUCUGUUACAAUGUAAUGACAAAAGGAAUUUCUGUUGCAGUAUAAUAAGUUCCACUUAUUAUUAUUGACUAUUCACAAUUGAACUAGAA